AUGAUCCUCACCUUCUUCGGGUUCCUCGCGCGCGUGGGAGUCUUCAUAUCAGCCAUCAUAACACUCGGUCUCAACGGGAAGUUCUUCACGAACACAGAAUACAGCGAUGACCUUCUCAUUUACAUCAUCGCUCUCGCCUCGUUCAGCGCCCUAGCAUGUCUUGUCCCGCCGUAUCCGAACUUUGUCUACGAUUUGUUCUGGGCCCUGGCGAAUGCUGUCUGUGCGGUGUUUGCGCUGGUUGUUCAGUUUAUCGACUCCGAGUGCUAUGGCUUUCGACUGGAUAAUGGUAUCAAGUGUGCGACGUAUAAGGCUGGCACGGCGUUUUCGUUUUUGUUGGCCUUGGCGUGGUUUGCCAGUGCUUUCUUCGUGAGUGUCUUUCAAUCUAGGGGGUUACGGAAACGAUCACGUCGCCCGGUACUUCGAAAGUCGACCGCUCACGCUCGUAGAAUUAUAUACGCCGCUCCCGCAUUCGCAAUCUACCUCCUCGACAACGUCCCCAUCCCAAACGUCCAAGUGAACCUGCUUAAUCCAACCAACGACAGCAUCCAGUUCUCCGUGCUCAGCGAGAUCAAAGUCCCCGACGCCGUGAGUGUGCGGUUCGACCCUAUGCAGGCGUUAUUCUUCCGCGCAGAAACAAUUGACGAUCCAAUUCCCAUUGCAACUGUGGACCUGCCGAGGCUGAAAUUCGGGGCCAACGAGAAGGUUUCCCUUGUUAAUCAAAGUCUCAAACUUGGUGACGUCGAUCAGUUCGCGGCGCUUGUUGAGGACGUUGCGUAUAAUCCGACAUUCAGGGUUGCAGGGCAGGCAAAGACGAGGGUUCACGUUGGGACGCUGGGGACUACGGUCGAUUUGCUGAAGGUUGUCUCUUUGCCAGGAUUCAACAACUUUCCCAACCUCUGGAUCAACGAAAUCGGGGUCAUGCCGCCAGACGAUCUAGGCAACAAUGUGUAUGGCGAGGUCGUCGUGUUCAACCCUGCCCCAGCCACCGUCACUCUUCUACAGGGCGAAGUAACCCUCGGCGUAAUCCUCGCAAACCUCACAGUCGGCCAAGCCACCGUCGCCGUGAACGACAUCGUCCCAGGAAACAAUACUUUCGUCGUCCGCGCAAAGCUCAACACCCAACUAGUCGAAGACAACAUUGAGGAGAUCAUAAAGUCCGAGCUCCCGUAUCUGAAAGAAGGAAAUGUUAUGGCCACCGCAACCGGUAUCUCCGUCGUCUAUAACGGGGAGCACCUUCAGUACUGGGAAAAGGCGCUGAAGACGAUCCGGGUCAGUGCGACGAGGCCCGUCAAGGAGAUUCUGAAUAUGGUUGUUGAUAGCGGGAUUGGCUUUAUUUUGGGAGGGAUUGAGCCGGGCGAUGGGCUGGAGACGUUCGUUAAUAACCUGGCCGAUCAGAUCUUGGAUACGGUUAAGGAGCUGGAUGAGAAUGAUGUCGAUGGGUAUACGGAGAAGUUGGCAUCGCUGGGGAAGUUGGUGAUCAGGCUGCUGACUUUCUUGGGGAUUUUGUAGUUACUUAAUACCAUCAUAUUAAGAGAUAGCUGUCA